GGCUAUGUUUGCGAGGUUACAAGAGGGGACAAUCCGAGCCUGGCCCUGCCCGGCCGAACACGCAGGUCCGCACGUCGAAUGCUGCCCGAAACCAACUGGAAUCCACCACUAGGUGUCGGCCCCAAUCUGAAGUCGCAGCUCGUGCACAGUGAAUCGAAGCCAACUCCAUGGAAAGACAGCUUAUAGCAAGGCACAGAGUCACCGCCGCAAAUCCUUCACAGCAAACGCACAGCCUGCCCACGGACAGACGUCAGCAUUUCCGCAAGGCACUCUUGAGAACAAAACAGGAGACUGAAAGGAACCAAUGGGUCUGCACAGCAUGGCAAUCUAUUACGCGAUGUGGUCGUCGGUUAGUGCCCAAGCGGCGUUGGUUUUCACCCGGUCCAGAGUUGAUGUUUGACGAUUUAUAAGGCGCUGGCUACAUACACUGUCCUGGGUCAACAGCACCACUUGAGACAUAACACGACACGACUCGAGCGCUGGUGCAUCCGACGAAAGCCCGCCGACGGCCUGAGCCUGGCCUCCGCUUGAACUUUGAAUAUUCACCAAAGCUGUAUGAAUACAGUCAGAUGGGGCUUGUGAUGUCCAGUCUGUCGGAAGCGGCGUGGGCACCGCGAAAACUGGAAAGGGCACGCUCGCUGCGCUGUGUUUGCCUCGCUUAACACGCUUGUGUAUAUGGAGCUGAAGCUGGCGAGCGGCGCAGAGUGAAGGACAACGCCGGAAAAGCGACGGCGUUAACGAAAGAAUGGAUGAGCCUCGUGUGAUAGAUCUUCAAAGCCUGUGCACGGGAGCACACGGGUCAGGUCCCGGCCCUUCGCAGGGUCGAAAUGGUUGCCAGGUGCCGACGGCAAGCACGUCGUCCGACGCCCCCAGAGCUGGCUUCGGUGCCGCUGAGGCCGCCGAAAGCUACCGCCUCAGCCACCACCGCAACCACCACCGCAACCACCCGCAGGUGCAGCUGCACCAGCGCACACACCUCGGCGACGGCAUUCUCGGCGCCAUCGGCGGCGCCGACGGCGCGGAUGUGAUGGCGGACCUGCUGCACCUGAUGCAAGGCGACAUCGGCAAUGACGCCGACCUGCUUGACGGCGGCGUCGGCGUCAACGGCAUCAGUCAUAUGGGCAUGGAAGUCGUAUCGGCGGAGCUUGCCGGGCACGGCCUUGCCACUGCCGUCGGGCCGCCGCCGCCGCAGCGUCAGGACUCCAUGGACCGGCUCUUCGACGAGGUGUUUGGCGAAGGCGCCGCCGCCGCCCACGACGGCGCCGCCGCCGAAGCCGACAGCCGGCAACGGCAGCUGGCGGCAGCCGCCGCUCGCAGCCUCACCGCCGCAGUCGGCGCCGGCGGCACCGCUGCCGCCAGCACGGCGGCGCCGAGCCUUGCCACCCUCUCGCACUUCGCCGUCGCCGGCGGCGGCAGCGGUGGCGUGGAGUACGGGCGCCUGGCGUCCGUUGCGACAGCGCCGGCGACGCUAGGUCCGCAGCUGCAGCAUUCCAUCUACACAACGACGCACGCGCUAUACAUGUCAGCUGGCGGCGUCGCCGCCGCCGUCGCCGUGGCGUCGCCGCGCAAUAAGCGCACCGCGCCCGGACACGAGCGGCCGCCGCCGCCGCCGCCGGGCGCGGGCCCCAUGCCCGUGCCGCCGCAGCUGAUGCCGACGCGCCCCCACUCCCACCAACAGCAGCAGCAGCCGCAGCAGCAGCAGCAGCAACAACAACGGCAGCAACAGCCCCAGUCGCUGUACCCGCAGCGCAUUUCCGGUUCCGGAGGCGAGGCGGGCGCCGGCGGCGGCGCCCGGAUGGUCGGCAUCAGCAACCUCGGAGGCGGCGGCGGCGGCGGCGGCGGCGUUUCCAGGCUGCCGGCGGCGGCGCACACCGCGCCCGUCGCGCCCAGCACCCUGUCGGACUUCUACAGCGCGCCACAGCCCGUCAUUGCUGCUACAGCCACCGCCAUCGGUACUGCCGGCGGCGGCGGCCGUAGCCGGGCCACGGCUACAGCCUCCUUUGGCUACACAGCCGAUGCCCGCGGCGGCGGCGGGCUCGGCGGCGGCGGCGGCGGCGGCGGCGGCGGGGGACCGUCGCGGCUCGUCGGGCUGGGGCUGGGUCCAGGCCGCAUCACUCGCGGCGGCGGCGGCGGCGGCGGCGGUCCGGAGGCCGCGGCGGCGGCGGCGCUGAUGCUACCGUCGGGUGUCGUCGUCGGCGGCGAAGCUUCCUCCGCCACGCUUGCUCUGGCAGCGUCAUUCAAGCGGCGGCGGCUGGAUGGAAAGCUAGGCAACGCGCUGUCGCUGCCUCUGGCGCUGGCCGCCGGUGAUGACCUGGCGGCGGCGUCGGCACCGACGUCGGGUGGCGCCGCCGGCGGCGGCGGCGGUGCCGUCAGGCUGUCUGGAUGUGGCAGCGUCAGCGGCGGCUCUGUCCCGGAUGCGGACGCGGCUCCACUGCAGUCGCCUAUGGCUCCGUCUCUGGUGCCGCAGUGGUCGCUCAAUGGCGGUGCCGUGCCGGGCGCUCCGCAGCAGCAGCAGCAACAGCAGCAGCAGCAGCAGCAGCAGCAGCAGGAAAUGCAUCACCACCGCCUGCACCAGCAACAUCACCUCUUCCCAAGCGCGCAGCUGUGCCAGCACCCGCAGCAGCAGCAGCAGCAGCAGCUGCUGCUGCCACAGCAGAGCGCCAGCAUGGGCUUGAGCCUGGGGAGCUUGGGAAUGAGUGCGGGCACAAUGGGGACGCCGCGACCCCAGCAGCAGCAGGCGCAGCAGGCACAGCAGCAGCAGCAGCACCUGCUGGCGGAUGACGCUGCUAGCCGUCCUGGCGGCGGCCAAACCACUGGCGGCGGCCAAACCGCCACGGGCGCCGGCGGCGGCAGCGGCGGCGGCGGCAGCGUAGAGAAUCCGAAUCUUGUUGAUGUGGCGGCUCUGGCGGCGGGCUUGGAUGCUUUUGAUAUGGAUGUGGCCCUGUUGUCAAAAUUGGAUUUUGAUGAUGAGCAGAAUCCAACGGACCAUGCCGGCCACCAGCAGCAGCAGCAGCAGCAACAGCACCAGCAGCAACAGGCGCAAGCUCAGAUGCAACAGCAGCAGCAGCAGCAGCAGCAACAGCAGCAGCAGCAGCAGCAGCAGGCGCAAGCUCAGAUGCAACAGCAGCAGCAGGCGCAGGCGCAGCAGCAGGCGCAGCAGCAACACUUACAGCAACAGCAAUUGCUGCUGCAGCAGCAGCAGCAGCAGCAGCAACAGCAACAGCAGCAGCAACAGCAGCAGCAGCAGCAGAUGCAGCAGCAAAUGCAGGGCCUGCAGCUGCAGCAGCAGCAGCCGCAGCCGCUACUGCCGUCCCGUAAGCAGCUGCACCUGCAGCAGCUAAUGAGCUACCGCAGUAGCAGCCAACCGCUACAACUGCAACCGCCGUUCCAACCGCCGUUCCAACCGCCAUUCCAACCGCCGCAGCAGUUGCGCGCUUACAGCGCCGGUCAGGGCUGGCUCACCAGCCUUUCCGGCGGUGGCGGCGGCUCUGCUACAGCCGCUGCAGCUGCUGCUCUUGCUGCCGCCGCCCCCGGACGGCUUUCCAGCUCCUCCACAGCUGAAAUGGGCAUGGCGGGUGCUGCACAGCCGCCGCCACAACAGCUGGCGCGGUCCCCAAGCCCCCUCCAGCAGCAGCAGCAGCAGCAGCAGCAGCAGCAGCAGCAGCCGCAAAUGGCGCGGCGGCUGUCAAACACCCCUAGCGGCGGCGUGGGACGCAGCGGGACGCUGUCAGCCGGCGACACGGGGGACGGGCUGCUCGCAGCUGGCGUGGGUGUGGGCGUGGGCGUGGGUGUGGGCGCAGGCGCUAGCGGCGCGGGCUUGGGCGCCGUGGGGUUGCAGGGCGUCAAGCCGACAUCUGGCGUGCUGGGUGGCGCGACGCUGUCGGAGCAGCAGCAGCAGCAGCUGGCGUCGGCGCAGGGGACCACGCGGCCGGCGGCGAUGUCUUCCUCCGGCGCCGCCACCGCUGCCACUGCCACCACGGGCGGGCGGAAGGCCGCCGGCGGCGCUGCGUCCAACCCAGGGACGGGCACCGCCGCCGCCGCCGCCGCCACCGGCCGCCGCACAGGCUCCGCCGCCGCCGUCAGCAUCAGCAGCACCAGUAGCGGCCGCCAGGCGGGGGUUUCCUCCUCUUUGGGGACUGCUGCUGCUAUGCCGCCGCCGGUGACGGCGGCGGCGGCGGCUGCGGUGGCGGCGGCGCGGGGGCUCCCGGUGCUCAGACCGGCGCAGCUGCUGCAACAGCACGCCCACCUGGUGCCGCCGGGCGUGCCCGACACGCUCAAGGUGACCGUCACGGGCGGCGCGGCGGUGCCACUCAAACCGCCCUGCGCCCUAGGCGGCGGCGGCGGCGAGGAGGAGGAAAAGAACAACGGCGGCGGAGAGGGCGGCGGCGGGCAGGGCGGCGGCGGCGGGGAGGGCACCGCCGCCGCCACGGCGGCGGCGGCUGCGGCGGCGGCGGCGGCGCCGCCGCCAGUGGAUCCUGUGGAGCAGCUGAAGGCAGACAUGGCGGAGGUGGCGGCGCUGGGUGGGAAGGUGCUGGGUGUGUUUUACACGGGGGCCUACCUGGACGGCGGGAGGUGCGUGGAGCACUGCGGCGAGCUGCUGAGUCGGAGCGCGUUCGAGCGCGUGGGCGGGAGCAGCAUGGCAAAGUGGUACCGCUCCAUCAAGGUGCUGCCCGACGGGAUGUCGCUGGGGCGGUGGCUGCUCGCCAGAGGCAUGCCCGUACUCAAGGGCAACCCGCGCCAGAGCCGGCGUCGGUCCCGACGCAAUGCCGAGGAGGAUGAGGACGAGGAGGAGGAGGAGGGGGAGGAGGCGGCGGCUGGCGGCGGCAGCCGCUGAUGCGGCGGUUGGGGGCGCAAAUCCGAAACCGCCGAACCAGGGUUUGACACGGUGUGGCGGGUGUCACGUGGAUCUCGACGGUUUCUGAUGCCAUGGGAGUACGACACGGUGCCAUGGGAGUACGACACGGUGUCGCCCGCAUCAUCAAUCACGGCCACGUCUGAGCUCCUGGGGAGUGGCGUGAGCCGGGCGCGUUCGGAGUGUUGUGUAGCAAUGAGGACACGCACGCAUGCCGUCGACACAUUGCGAAUUUGAGAUGACUGUCGCCGUCACCUUUGGCCAGUGGCGGCUUUAUGUGUGUGAACACCCGGAACGGUAGUUAGCGCGGCCGAGGUCUGGAUGCCUGUAUGGCGGCUAUUUGCAUCUGCAAUGCUACCGUACGCACUGGCAUGUGUGCACGCGAAUCAAGGGUAUUGUCAUGCGAUCAUGGGGCGUUUUGCUUGCAUUGCAGCAUGAUUGCACAGGCGGCUGCCGGCAAGGCAAAUGCAGGGCACACACUGAAAACCGGAAAUGUUUCGCAUGCUUGCUAGGCCAGAGCUAGGGCCGGCACUACACGUGUCCUCUUGCGUAAGCAUCGUGUGUUAUGGUACGGUGGUCUGUGGCUGUGUAUAUAAUAAGACAUGCAAAGAGCUUUGUCACUCGGUCGCCGGUUGCAUGCACAAGCACCUGCAUGGCGUUGCAUUGCUGUGCUUGGGGGUUGUGAUUGCGGUAAUUAGGCACAGUUGCGUGCGUGGGCACUUGCGACUGCACCUUUGCGACUGGCCCCCGUGCGUUUCGGGGUUGAUGUGGUGCCCGCUCGCUCGCACGCCCGUGGGCGCGUGCGUGUGUUUGUUUUUGGAUGUUUGGUUGUUAGCUUGGAUUUGGGGGAUUUGGGAGGUGGACGCACGGUUUCGGACUAGCGGUGAGGUGGAGUAGGGGAGGUGGGGGAUUUGGGAGGUGGAGUGGGGAUGGGGGAGGCGCCACUGACAGGGCCGGUGGGCGUCACGCAUCCUAUGUGUUUGGGCAGGGUGGGGUGGGCCUGAUUCGCCCGGUCACAGUAAGCAACCAAGGUUAUUGGGGACACGUGGGCGUGUGUGAUCCUGCGUGUAGCAUUGAUAAUAAGCAGUGAUAAUUGGGUACGGUACAUAACAGCACGUGGGAAGCACGCGAGCACACACGGCAACAAUGCGCACGAAGAAAGGGGCAAUGGAAGAAGGCAUGUUGUGACGGUAUGAAUGCGACAUUAGAAGGGACAGUCCGACCAAGCAACUGUAUGCUGCAAAGUUGCUGAGGGUAUUGGCACGGGGGCUUCGGAUGCAUAGCAGCGGACUUCUGACCGCCAGCGAGAGCGAGGCGCCGGCGUUGUGGCGGUGGCGGUGGCGGUGGCGGUGGCGGUGGCGGGCUGCGGCGUCCAUACACUGGCCAGGUGUAGGCCUGGCCAUGUCUGCGGGAGGCGCCUGCCGGGCGGAAUCGCCGCCGCUCCCGCUCAGACGCCGAUCCGCUGUUGGUUGGCGUGGCCGUUUCUGCACUGUGGGUUUCAGGGUUAUUGUUUGGUUUAAAACCGUAUGUUGGUGAGGCGGCGAGGUGCGGGUGGCGAGGUGGUGACACGUGGUCUUGCAAGCAGGUAUGCUCCAGCAGGUGUAUGAUCAAGCAGGCCUUGUUGUGUGAACAUACCGUGUGCGGCACAAGUUCCGCGGUGUCCAGUCUCCCAACUUCCCACCCACCACCAGCGGUCCGCCAUCACCGUGUGUGUUUUGCAGGCGUGCCGAAAGUGCUACAGCGGGGUUUGCACGGGCGGGCGGCGGGUGUGUGUGCCGAGGGCAAUAAUACGGGGCUAUGGCCGCUGAUGGAGAGCGGAGUGAUUAAAUUACAAGCAUAGAGUGCCGACGUUUUGACGUAGGAACCGUGGGAGUAUCAUACCGUUGGCGCCAGCACAUAAGACUGCAGGGGCUGCGUCGCCCGUUUAGUUGUUUCAUCGUUGCGGUACAUAAAAGGCUCUAAAGAUCAGAGAAAGGUGUUUAUGAGAGGGGUAUAAUAUGGGGGGCCGAGGGCACCACACGAUCUCAGUACGGUAGUAGAUGUUGUGUCAUGCAUGUGUGCGAUGGCACAGGAGCGGACAAUCCAAGUGCGUGCAAUGCUGCUGCUGGUGGUGGGAGCCUCAUGAUAUUAUUGCUGAGGAAUAAAAGUACGGUCGCUGCCGCGGCCAUACCUGGGCUUCACAACUGCUGCUGUCGCGAAUGUCCUAGUUACUUGACGAAGUGCUUGCGGCAAGACGCAACGGUGCGAACGGGGCGGGCGGGCGAGGUUCCGCACCGCUGUCGUACCGUGUCAUGUCGUUUUGUGUCCCGUCGUGUCGGUUGGUAGCUUGCGCCUGCUUUGUUUGUGUGUUUGGGCGCAACAUCAAUGUACAUGAGGUGCGUUGGCGUGUGUGUGGGUGUGAGGGUGGAAGGGCGUCCGCCCGCACAGAUGUGGCUGCCAGUAGCAUCACAGAACAGAAGACAAUGCUGCCGUGGGUGUGGGUCGCGGGACUGCUGGACUACGGGUGGGGGGGUGCCGCCCAUGCGCAGGCGCCUUCGGGCAGGGGAGGCGCCGCCCAUGCAGCUUGAGGGCGAUGGCGCGUCGAGGCGUCUUGACGUCUGACCGGAUUGCUUUUGUGUGUGUGUGUGUGUGUGUGUGUGUUACACGAUGGUGUUGAUUGCGGGAGACGCCGGCGGGGGUGCAGCACCCCAUGCGAGUCUUGAAUCCUCCGGGUGGGUGUUGAUGUGGGAUACGGAGGGGGACUCG